GUCGAAGUCGGCAAUACAGCGUCGUCACAUCGCAACACCAUCACGUUCAUUUUCAGCGCUUCUCUUCAGCUUAUUACUUUCCAAGAUGAGUUUCGUCGGCCCAAUGCCGUUGAAGGCCAUGGCGCCUGCGCGCAUGGUAUCGGCCUCUCGGCAAUGCCAGAGGAGGAACAUGUCGCACGCAAGAGCGCAGCUCAAGAGACCUUCAAUCGCGGCGCAGACGCAGGCGCAGGCGCAGAAUGCGCCAUCAUUACGGUUCUUCCACGCAUCGCAGGCCUCAUUCGCAAUGGCCGAUCCCUACAAGUCCCUCGGCGUCGGCAAGGACGCAUCGGCCGCCGACAUCAAGAAGGCCUACUACGGCCUUGCGAAGAAGUACCACCCCGACACCAACAAGGACGCCUCCGCGAAGGAGAAGUUUGCCGCUGCGCAAUCCGCAUACGAAGUACUCUCCGAUAAGGAGAAGAAGGCGCAAUAUGAUUCGUAUGGCGCAUCGGCCUUUGACUCAAACGGAGGGUUCAAUCCAGGAGCCGCUGGUGGUGGAGGCAACCCAUUUGGCGGGGGAUUCGGUGGAUUUGGUGGAUUUGGCGGGGCGCAAGGCGGGUUCGGCGGCCAGGGUGGAUUCCAGGAUAUCAACUUUGAGGAUCUGUUUGGCGCAUUCGCAGGUGGACGAAGGCCACGGGGAGGCAGCGGCGGCCGGAGGAAUCCAUUCCAGGAGGAGAUCAUGGUCGGCGACAACAUCGAAGUGCAAACGAAUAUCUCGUUCCUGGACGCAGCGAAGGGCGUCAAGAAGGAGAUCAACGUCAAUCCUUUGGCGGAGUGUGGAACAUGUAAGGGCAGCGGCAUGAAGACUGGAACCAAGAAGGCAGAGUGCAAGGGCUGUGGCGGUACUGGACAGAGAGUCACAAGCAUGGGCGGCUUCCACAUGAGCGCGACGUGCGGCCAGUGUGGUGGAUCUGGGUUUGCGAUACCUCGUGGCUCCUCUUGCGGAACUUGUGCCGGCGACGGAGCCGUCAAGGAGCGCAAGACGAUAGAGAUCGAGAUCCCCGGGGGUGUGGAGGACGGCAUGCGUCUUCGUGUCAGCGGCGAGGGUGACGCACCGCUCACAGGACAGGCUGUUGGUGCCGGCAAAGUACGAGGACAGAAGGGCGAUCUCUACGUUCUCAUCCGCGUAGCGAGCGACAGCAAGUUCAAGCGCAACGGCUCCGACAUUCUGCACACUGCCACCAUCCCUCUUACCACGGCGGUUCUGGGAGGAGAGAUCAAGAUCCCCACCCUGGACGGCGAGGUCAUGGUCAAGGUUCCCACCGGCUCAGGGACGGGCGACAAGAUCACGCUCUCGGGCAUGGGCAUGAAGAUGCUCUCCACUGGAGGACGCCGCAGCCCACAGAAGGGUGACCUGAAGGUCGAGUUCAAGGUCAACAUGCCGAAGUACCUGUCUGCGAACCAGCGAACGAUCCUCGAGAUGCUGGCUGAUGAGAUGUCCGACAAGACGGCAAAGCGGACGAUGAAUCUCGGCAAGUUCAGGGAAGAGGCAGAGGCGGCGGCCAAGGGGUCAUCAACGGCAACCACGGCGGACGAGCACAAGAACGAAGGCUUCCUGAAGAGCGCAUGGCACAACCUCACCGGGCAACACAAGAACCUCGACAAGGACAAUGAAUCGACGGGCAAGAAGGAUGACGAGAAGAAGGGCUCCGGCUCUGCAUGAGUUUGAGCGAUGGCGAGUGUAUAUAUGACAUGUUGUACAAGACUUAGACUGGCGCAUGUGGUGGUGUCCUGUCCGCGACAAGGACUUUGCAAGCAUUUCUGGCGUUGAACCGUGGUCAUGAUGUAUAAAAGCACCUAUUGUAAUGGCUGGCCUCUCGACUCCGAGCUGUAUUAUAUAGUUUGCUCCAUGUAAUAGCGAAUGUAUCAACUGAAUCAGUUACACGCGGACUAUCU